AUGGCGGACGCCUGUUGUUCUCAUCGUUUCCGAUACCUUAUCUUAAUCAUCGGUUGUCUGGCAUUAACCUCGAUCUCAUCCAACAUGUUGGCCUUUAAUAUUGCCCAAGUUUGUAUGGCAUCCGAUUCAAAUAUCAAUGAAACUGUAAGUGUAGAAAACGACUUUUCAAGACCUCAUUUUCAGUCAAUACCCAGUCCUCAUCCUACAAUCGACUACACACCGAAAGAGCUGUCGCUGAUUAAUGGAGCUGUCGGAGUCGGCACGGCUCUUGCGACGAUCCCUUUUACCGAGGCAUACAGUCGGUAUGGAGCCAAAUACCCAUUCCUUUUUGCUGGAAUUUUGUCCGCCAUUUCGACGGGAUUAAUGCCAUCAGCGGCGCAGAUCAAUAUUUAUUUGUUGUUGGCUAUGAGGUUCCUACAGGUGAGUAAAAGUACUGGGAUAAAUGUUCAAGAAGAGGGGUAGAUUUUAGGCUGUCUUUGUAGCAAAAUUUUGCAUGGCCUAUUUACUAUCAGUCUGUCGGGAAAAUAAUGAGCACACUAUUUUUCGUCGCUGUGCCAAUCCCGUUGCUGAAAUGAAAAAAAAAUUUGAUUUUGCCGCGACAUAAUUUAUUUUCACGGUGGCAAUUGCGGCAAUGCAAUUUUCAAUGCCGCAGAAUGCUCACCAUUUUCCCGACAGACUAUUUUUGCCUUUUCUCCCCUGUUUGCCGCUUAUGCAUUCAGCUGUUUUUCGCAUAUUUUUGAUGCAGGCUACGAAUUAGAGUCUGUACCGUGCAUUUUCCUUGCGACGGAAAGUACAGUGGGGGAGCUGAUCCAGUGGCAAAAAACGUACCAUUUUGUAUCCGGGAAAUAUCAAAAAUGUGGCAAAAUGCUUCCCUCUCCAAGUGAAAAACUUCAUUUUGAAGGGCGCGCUUUUUUCUCACAAAAAGAGCGGGCGCGCUUUUGAAAUCUGAGUUUUUUUCACUUGGAGAGGGAGGUGUUUUACCACAUUUUUUGAAGCUUCCUGGAUGCAAAAUGGUACGUUUUUUUUGCCACUGGAUCAGGUCCACCACUGUAUAGGGCGUCAAAUCUGAAAAUCGUCGAUAAAAAUCGACCUUAAAAUCCGCGGCAUUUCCUGCAAGGCAGACGCCAUAAAAGCGCCUGCAUUCUCACAAAGUCAAACUAUAUGAUUGUUACACAAUUACAACCCUCUCGAUGUUAAUAUCUAUGUUUCUCAACCUUCAUUCACCUACCUUUUUACCUUUCAGGGAGUCUCAUAUGCCGCUGACUUUGCGGCCGUUGGAAUGGUCUGCUCCAAAUGGGCUUCUCUCAAACAAAACGGCUUCUUCCUCGGCGUCCUCACCUCAUACUCUCCACUAUCGACUGGAAUCACCAACUCGGUGAGUGGGAUGAUUUGCAACUCCUCGUUCGGCUGGCCAAUGAUUUUCUAUGGCCAUUGUUUCGUCUCGCUGCUCAUCUUCGCCCUCUGGUUUUUGUACUACUCGGAUGCGCCGCAAAUGUCGAGCAGAGUGAGCGGUGUUGAGCUGGAGAAGAUUCAUCGAAACAAGAGUGCCGCCCAAAUCAACGGCGAGACCAAUAUGCCCUACAAGGCCAUCUUGACGGACCUUGUGGUGUGGUGUGUGUGGCUGAACGCGUUCACCGAGAUUUUUUCAACCAAUUUCUUCGCCGUUUAUGCUCCGUAUUAUAUGAAAAAUGUUCUUCAUUACUCAGUGGAGGCUACUGGACAUUUGUCGGCGAUUUCCAGGGUGACGCAAGUCCCAUUCCGACUGAUUUGUGGCCUACUCAGCGAUAAAAUAACGUAGGCUUUGAGGGUUUGUUUAUGAUUUCUGCUAAUGGAGAGGUUGUUGAGGUACAGUGGCGGCAGUGAUCCAAAGGCAGAAAAGGUAUCGUUUUGCAUCCAGGAAGCUUCAAAAAAUGUGGUAAAAUACCUCCCUCUCCAAGUGAAAAAACUCAGAUUUCAAAAGCGCGCUCGCUUUUUUUGUGAGGGAAAGCCUUCAAAACAAAGCUUUUUAGUUGGAGAGCGAGGCAUUUUGCCACAUUUUUUUAUACUUCCCGGAUGCAAAAUGGUACAUUUCUAGACACUGGAUCAAGUCCGUCACUGUAUGAGUGCAUGAUUGAGUAGUAAAAUUACAGUAGUAUCCCGCCUGCUUCAACUUCUUUAGUCUGUCAAAGACGACCUUUUGAACUCAUUUUUCAACGCAUUUGAAGUGGGUCCUCUUUGAAAUUCAAGUGUUGUACAGUGAAGGACCUGGGUUCAGUGUCAAAAAAUGUGCCAUUUUGCAUCCGGGAAGUAUCAAAAAGUGUAGCAAAACACCUCCUUCUUCAAGUGAAAAAACUCCGUUUUGAAGAGCCUGCCCUAUUAGUUUUAGAGGGAGGCAUUUUGCCACAUUUUUUGAUACUCCAUGAAUGUAAAAUGGUACAUUUUUUGAUACUGGAUCAGGCCCGUCACUGUACAACAAUUGAAUCUUAAAGAGACUUGAGCCAAGUUUACAACUUUUUAACACAUAUGCUAUGCGUUUAGUAAAGGUAUUUAAUAAAAAAAAGGGUUUUUUUUUAAAUAAGCACGGUCGAUUACACGGUCGAUGACUCUAGACCAACCCCAAAUUUCAUUAAAAUAAAUUAUUUACAGACUUUCUUGAUCAAAGGGGUAUUUCCUAUCCAACACUGUAGAAGAUACCUAUACAUAAUCGCUCAUUAUUUUUAGGUUCAUGUCCGACACCGCCAAACUAAUGUUCUUCAACACGAUUACCGUUGCUGGCGCCGGCAUAUUCUACAUUGCAAUCGGCUUUGUCCCUGAUGACACUCCAUUCCUGGCGGUCCUCUGCAUCGGACUUUUGAACACUGUCACAGGCGCCGCAUGUGGUGGAUUCUACAAAUUGGGGGUUCUUUACACCCGACAGUAUAGUCAUUUCGUUGUGGCGAACUGCCAAUUCCUCAAAUGCAUUGUGCUUUUCCUGGGGCCGGCUAUGGUCGCGGUCUUUGUGGAUGACGAAACCGCCAAAGAGCAGUGGCGGACAAUCUUUCUGAUCGUCGCUGGACUCCUUUUCUUUGCCAAUGGGGCCUUCUACAAGUUCGCAACGGCCGAGCCAGCGUAUUACACGAAAGAGGGAUAUCAAAGUGAGAGUGUGGAGAAGGGAAAGAAAAAAUUGGAAGAUUAG